GAUACAUCGAUGUUUCUCCAGCUGUUGUUGGGGCCAGUUUGCAUUAGAAUUGCAUAUUUCCAGCCUUGUGCAGUUUUGAAAACAUUUUGAAGCCUAGUGGCCACAAAAAGUCUGUAUAAAGAUUAGGCAGCCGAUCUAGACGUGAGAAGGAGACAUGACUGAAACACCGAUCAAAAACAGAAAGAUCCGGAAACUGAGCGAUGUGGAAAUGACCGAAGUGCAACUAAAUGAAGUGGACCUCAGUGCCAGGAAUAAUGUGGAAACCGGAAGCUCCAGCGGAACCGAAGAAACCAAAUUCGACGGCAGCAAUGCGGAGCCCCCAUCAAAAUGGUUUAGGUCCAGAUUCUUCAUCAUGUCGCUCGUAUUUUCUUGCCUCUUGAUAACAGCCAUGUGUAUUGGCUUUGUGGUGCACUAUGAAAUGGCUGAAGAUGUGGGCGACAUGGACACGGUGACCUAUUGGCCGGUGGAGUUACCCAAGGAGCAGCAUGAGUGGUACGACCUAGGAAUCAAGGAGCUUAAGAAAGCAGUUUCUAGGGACUUUAAUCGGCGCCGGGCCAAAAAUGUUGUCCUUUUUGUUGGCGACGGAAUGGGUCCUAAUACGGUGACUGCAGCCCGAAUCUAUGGAUUCAAGGAGGAGGGUUUGCUCAGCUGGGAGCACUUCCCCCAUAUGGGACUACUUAAGACGUACUGCGCGGACAAACAAGUUUCGGAUUCCUUCUCGACGGCUACAGCUCUAUUUGGCGGUGUGAAGGUUAACUACGAGACGGGUGGCGUGGACUCCAGUGUGCCUCUGGGCAACUGCACCGCCUCCUUGCAGCAGGACCACCACGUGCAGACGAUCCUGCGAUGGGCUCAGAUGGACGGAAUGCGAACGGGCUUCGUGACAACCACCAGGGUAACGCAUGCCACUCCCGCCGCUCUCUAUGCCCAUGUGCCGGAUCGUCGCUGGGAAUGUGAGACAGGAAUGACGCCAGAGGCCCGGGAUCAGGGUUGCAUAGACAUUGCCCGUCAGCUAGUCGAACUGCCCACGGGUCAGAACAUCAAUGUGAUCAUGGGCGGGGGCCGUCAAAUGCUUGUGUCGAAUGUCAGCCACUCGGAGGCCGAUCCCUUGGACACUUGGGCGAGCAAGUCAGCAGAUGGCCGAGAUCUUAUCAAGGACUGGAGACGGAAGAAGGAAGAGGCGGGAGAGGCACAUGCCGUCAUCCAAAACAAUCGGGAGCUAUGGAAUCUCAAAGGUGAGGAGGUCGACUACCUUCUGGGCAUCUUUGCCAACGGACAUCUUAUGUACGAUCACGAGCGUGAUCGAGGUGAGUCCGGAAUGCCGUCACUUUCGAAUAUGACCCUCAAGGCUCUCGAGGUGCUGGGAAACAGUGACAAGGGAUUUCUGCUUGUCGUCGAAGCCGGCUUAAUCGAUCAGGCCCAUCAUCGGGGAAAGGCUCGCAAGGCCCUUCACGAAGUUCUCGAACUCAGUACAGCGGUGGAGUCCACCCUUUCGUUCCUGAAGUCAACGGACCGCUUGGACGAAACACUGGUCAUCGUGACCGCCGAUCAUUCACACAGCCUGACCAUCAAUGGGCACCCGGAUCGGGGCUCCAGCAUAUUGGGACUGGCGGGAACAUCAAAGACUGAACAGACAUCCUAUACCACACUCACCUAUGGCACCAGCUACGAAGGAUUCCAAGUGGAUCCUAGCACUCAAAAGCGAAAGAAUCCUGCAGAAAGCGAUAUCCACGACUGGGAGUAUACCCAGCAGGCCGCCAUCAAUACGGAUGAAAACCUACAUGGCGGAUCGGAUGUGACAAUCCAUGCCGAAGGUGCCAUGUCCUACCUGUUCCACGGAGUGCACGAACAGAGCUACGUGGCCCACGCCAUUUCUUAUGCCUUGAGGAUCGGACGUUUCCGAGACAGCUCCAUAGUUGAGACACUGGCUGAGCUGACGCCGCUUUAAUUUUGAAAUAUUAAGAAAUAAGAUGAAAUAUAAGAAGAAAUCUUAAGAAAUGUAUACUACUUGCCAAGUUUAAAAUCAGGGAUUAAAUUAUUUAGGGCUAGAAUAAGAAAAGGUUUUGGUUUCGUCAAUAGCAAGAGGAAUCCCUAUUUAAUCCCUUAAUAUAAAAAUGAAUUUGUAAUAUUAAGAAAUGUUAUUGAAUUACUAAAUAAAAAUAAAGUUAUAAUGAAAA